AUGUCAAGUUAUUACAAACUACAUCUUCACAAUGUCAAGUUAUUACAAACUACAUCUUCACAAUGUCAAUCUAUUACAAACUUCAUCUUCACAAUGUCAGGCUAUUACAAACCUCAUCUUCACAAUGUCAAGCUAUUACAAACCUCCUCUUCACAAUGUCAAGCUAUUACAAACUUCAUCUUCACAAUGUCAAGCUAUUACAAACUUCAUCUUCAUAAUGUCAAGCUAUUACAAACUUCGUCUUCACAAUGUCAAGCUAUUACAAACUUCAUCUUUACAAUGUCAAGCUAUUACAAACCUCAUCUUCACAAUGUCAAGCUAUUACAAACUUCAUCUUCACAAUGUCAAGCUAUUACAAACUUCAUCUUUACAAUGUCAAGCUAUUACAAACCUCAUCUUCACAAUGUCAAGCUAUUACAAACUACAUCUUCACAAUGUCAAGCUAUUACAACCUUCAUUUUCACAGUAUCAAGCUAUUACAAACUACAUCUUCACAAUGUCAAGCUAUUACAAACCUCAUCUUCACAAUGUCAAGCUAUUACAAACUACAUCUUCACAAUGUCAAUCUAUGACAAACUUCAUCUUCACAAUGUCAAGCUAUUACAAACUUCAUCUUCACAAUGUCAAGCUAUUACAAACUUCAUCUUCCCAAUGUCAAGUUAUUACAAACUUCAUCUUCACAAUGUCAGGCUAUUACAAACUUCAUCUUCACAAUGUCAAACUAUUACAAACUUCAUCUUCACAAUGUCAAAAAAGAAAAAUGAAUAUAAUAGUGUUGCACCUGAAGAAAGUACAGAAGAAUUCAUGGAGUGGACAAAUUCUCAUAUUGAUUUCUAUUCAGAAAAACUUUUAAAAGUAGUCUGGCCCUACCCAUUACAGAUGGGAUAA